AUGGCUCUGAAAAUAUCCUUCCCUGUGCUCCUGCUGUCCCUCGUCCUGCUGGGGGCUGGGCUGGCUCUGGCCAGCGGGCAGCUGUGGAACGAGAAGAAUGACAAAUUCCUGCUGAAGCACUGGAAUUACCCCAGGAGCGAGGACUCCAAUGGUACCUACUGCGACACUAUGAUGCAGCACCGGGAGAUGUACGGCCAGGAGGCCAACACCUUCAUCCAUGCACCCAUAGGAUCCAUCAACGGCAUCUGCAACCUGGGUGGGACGCCCGGCAAGCCAAAUGAACGCCACAGCGUCGCUCCCUUCGACAUCACCGUCUGCGCCUUUAACUCGACGAGCCGCACCUACGCCGGGACACGCUAUGUCCGCAGAAUUGUCCUCGCCUGCUUGAAAGGGCUCCCCAUAGACUAUGUGAGGCACAUAUAGGGCCCAGCGCUGGGCAUGGAGUCAGGCAGGGGACCUGGCUGCUUCCUCUAUCCCCUGUUCUGUCCCUUCCACACCAGCCAUGGCACCCAGCUCUGAAGACUGGUCAGAUUGUUUAGGUGUUGCCAUCCCUCACCGGCCUCUGCCCAUUAUAGAGCAGAGCCACCCCUUUACCACCCUGUACAGCCUUCUGCCACAUAGCACCCAUCUAAACACCUGCCCCUCAAUUAAUUUAAUUAAUCCAUCAAUUUCACCCUUCUAUUAUUCAGCUUGAUACUGGAUCAUCCUCAUAUUCACAGCAAGUCAGUGUUAUUUGUCAUUGUUUGUUAUUUUUGCACAUUCCCCCCACUCCCUGCUUCCUGCAAUUCUGUGUGCUCUCCAAACUCAAUAAAACCUGAUACCUACAAAGA